GCCAGUCGACACCCAGAGGUAAAGGAAGAUUCUCACUGCACUUUUCCCCAAGAUGAAACCUAGCCUUAUCCUUGGUCUUUUGUGCACACUUGUCGGUGAAGUGGCAGCUCUCAAUUGCUACUUCUGCUCUCAUCAGAAGUCCCAACACUGCAACGAUACCUGCAUGUGUGACCCAGGAUCAUGUGCCAGCGUAACGGAGGCAUUUUUUGAAGGUGAUACAGAAAUAGUAAGCAAUGUGAGGUGCUGUGUCCAGCCAGAUCACUGCAUCGCUGGCUCGAUAAAUCUUGGAGUUUCUAAGAGGACAAUCAACACCGAAUGCUGUGGAAAAGAACUGUGCAAUACUAAAAACACUCCAGAGUUUAACAAAGAUGAUACUCCGAAUGGGAAGAAGUGUUUCACCUGUGAAGGCAAUGACUGCACAAAAACGAUGGAUUGUGUUGGAAAUGAGGACCAUUGCAUUAAAUCAACAACUGAGAUGAACGGCCAGAUAGCUAUUCUGAAAGGAUGUGCAUCCAGGAGUAUCUGCCAAGGAAACGUAUCUGGUCUGAUGGGCUAUCUGUCGGAGUGCUGUGAGGGGAACCUGUGCAACAGGCCCAAGAGAGGAGGGACACAGAGAGUCCUUAUCCUGUUGGCCUGUCUCCUCUCUGCCGUGAUCAUCGUUCUGAGUGGUGUGCUUCUGGGACUUCAUAUCAGGAAACCGAAAAGGUGUAACUACUGUUCCACAAGUUCUAUAGAAAUGUAUGACGUAGACACAUGAGUAUUAUUGCUCAUGUUUUGUAAAUUGUAAACUGCAAGUUGUAAAGUUGUUUGUAAGUUGUAAACUGUAAGGAAACCGAAAAGGUGUAACUACUGUUCCACAAGUUCCAUAGAAAUGUAUGACGUAGACACAUGAGUAUUUUUGCUCAUGUUUUGUAAAUUGUAAAUAAACUGCAAGUUGUAGAGUUUUUUGUAAGUUGUAAACAGUAAAUUGUAAAUAAAUUGUUUAUAUUUGUUUUGAGUGUUA